UAACGACAUAGCACCCCAGCCCAAUGGUAGACAGGGCUCGUAUCUGAGAGAAUAUACUAUUAGUUAAUGGUUUUUUUUUUCUUUCUCUUACCAUGAGGAGGAGGGGAAGCCAGAGAAAAAUUCUGCAUGAUAAGCGUUCUACCGUUGUAUGUAAUUACCUUCGACCAUCAACCAUAACUCGAACCCCGCCAUCAACACCAAACGAGGUCACCAUGUAGGUAUUUAACUCCCCCUUCCCCUCAAUUUCCCACCCAAUACUUCCCUCUCGAGUCGAGAAAAAAAGAGUCGGAGAGAAUCUUUCACCAUGCGUUCCACCAUGCAGCCUUCCAGCCUGUUGAUGACCCUGGUGGCCCUCCCUCUGGCCCAGCAGGUCAUUGCAGAGAAGAUUCUCGGUGCUUAUGUCUUCCAUCGCCAUGGUGAUCGUACGGCAAAGAUCCUGGGCAACACUGAGCUGACUGACCUGGGUUAUCAUGAGGUGUAUAUGAGUGGCACUUUCUACCAUGACCGUUACAUCAACUCCAGCUCCGCGCUUUAUAUUGAGGGUAUCAGUGAGGACAUUGUCAAGCUCAGCCAGAUCUCGGCAUCAGCGCCCUCCGACAAUGUGUUGCAGAACUCUGCUACCGGUUUCCUCCAGGGUGUCUAUCCUCCUGUGGCAAAUACUGCCCAGACUUUGGCCAACGGAACGACCGUUGACUCGCCAUUGGGAGGCUACCAGCUCAUUCCCCUAACCCUCAUCGACAGCGGGUCCAGCAGUGAGGACAAUACCUGGCUGCAGUCCACCACAAACUGCCAGAACGCCAUUGUCAGCAGCAACAGCUACUAUAGCUCUGCCCUGUACGAUGGGCUGCUCAAGUCCACCAAGGACUUCUACGAGUCCUUGACCCCCUUGGUCAAUACUUCCUUCUCCGGCGAUGGCAUCUCGUUUAGUAACGCUUACUCGAUCUUUGAUUAUCUCAAUGUCGGCUAUAUCCACAACACUACCAACGUUCCAACCGCGGACCAGCUGCACCAGGCUUUCCUAUACGCCAAUAUCGAACAGUAUAAUUUAGCUUACAACGCCACGGAGGAGAUCCGUGCUGUCGCAGGCAUGACCCUUGCUGCUGAGAUGCUGAAGGGGCUGAACAGUACCAUUGCUACCAAGGGCAAGGUCAAGCUGCAUGUGGAAUUCGGCUCCUAUGGUACUUUCCUCUCCUACUUCGGUUUAGCUCAACUUCCUACUGUGGAUGUGGACUUCACCGGGAUUCCAGACUACGCUUCCUCUAUGGUCUGGGAGCUCGUGACCAACUCGACCUCCGAUGACUUCCCUGACGCCUCUGAAAUCAGCGUCCGCUUCGUAUUUCACAACGGCACUCUUACCGGCUCCGGAACCCUAACUGAGUAUCCCCUAUACGGCCAAUCCGGCUCCACGAUCCCCUGGUCGACCUUUCUCAACGAGACUAAGAAGAUUGCAAUCACCAGCAACGAUCAAUUUUGCCAAAUGUGCGGUAACACUAGCGGCUCUUGUGCAUCAUCAUCUUCUUCCUCCUCCUCCUCCUCCUCCUCCUCCUCCUCCUCCUCCAGCUCGUCUAACAGCAGCGGCGGCGUCUCCCGACCGGUUGCCGGAGUUAUCGGUGCGAUGGUAACCCUAGCUGCGAUUCUCGGGCUGGAGGCGCUCUUCCUUCUCGCCGGAGGCUUCCGCAUCACCAAGAAGCAAAAGGUUGGCGAGGCCGCUGUUGCUGCUGCGCAGGCGGCUGAGGACAAGUCGCCGUAGUAUAACUCCGAUGCUUUCGCCCACAGUUUUGUGUUGUGGCCCAGGUGGCGAUGAUGAUUUAACUGUACGAUGAUAUCCAAGGAUUUCUAGUGUGUAAUGUUGCUGGGCAACUUCAGAUCGUUUACGAUAGUCUAAGGCGCUUUAUUUCCGUCUGAGUAGUAGACAGCCACGAUAUAUAUGAAGCAGAAUUAUCCAUGAUAUGCC